UACUGUUUAUUAGGCUAUGUACUCAGAAGAAAAACAACGACGGAGACUACACAGAAACCAUAGAUAUUUGCCUUAUUUUUCGUGGCAUUUGUUGUAAUUUUUAAUUGUAGCAAGUACUAAAAUACGUGGAAAAGGCAAACAAGCAUUUUGUGUGUGAACUUUAAAUUGCAUGGAUUUAUAUUGCUGCGGUUAAGUGGUUGAGGUGGUGGAAAGGGAAGAAGAACAAUGACGUAAAACAAAGAAAAAAAUAGUUUUUGUUAACAUUAAAAAAAAAAAAAACUAUUUAACAAUCUACUAAAAGUCUUCAGAUGCUUUUUAUUUCCCCUAAAAGUUUGUUACGGAAAACAGAACUAAGUGAAACAUAAAAAAUGAGCAAAACGGGAACAGACUCUGAUAGCUCGGAAGAAUUUUUCGAUGCGGAAGACUCAACACCCAAUCGAUUGUCAACUUUAAGCCGCAAAUCCAUUAUUGAUGGAUCACAAACACCACAGGAAUUCAUAUAUCCCGAUCCAGCGGUUAGGGUGCAGGCAUCAUCAGACAGUGAUGCCACACCCAUUGGAACUGUAACUCCGGCCACAAGUAGUCCCAGCAGCAGUUUGAGUGCACGUUGCACAAAGCAAGACGUUUUCGUCGAGCCAAAACCAGUGCAGGCCACCUACGGUAGACAACGUUUUGAUGAGUUACGUCAGUGCAUGCAAAACGAUGAAGAUGAUAACCCUGGAAAUACCUUAACGCCUGAUUCUCAGAAUAGUUCUACCGAUGGCGUGUUUGCCAAUAGACCCACGCAUCCCUUUAAGGUGGUGGAAAAUGAUGCCAUGAGUGUACAAAGCAUGACUUCGUUGGGGCGUGUUGGGCGAAUUUUGGCCGGCAGCAUAGACCCAUCGUCCAUGAGCAUAGACCGUGAGUAUUUUGUGAACAAUGCAAGCGGUCAGCAACAUCAACAAAUGCAGCAACAACGACUGCAACAGGGCCAGCUGGUCAGUAGUGGAUCUUCAUCGACUAUAAGUAGCCUCAAGUCUGCAAGCAUUCCGCCUAGUCUAACUGAAGCGAGUAGUAAUCGAACGUUUGUGACGCACUCUUCAAACGCUGUGGGAGGUACAACCGAUGGAGCGGCUCAGUUUGAAAAUCCUGUGACACUGCAAGAGCCUGAUGUCAUAGCCAGUACGAAAUUGGCGCAUUCAAAGACCACCGACUCAAUAACUUCGAGUGGCCCCAUAGCUCCGCCACGGCGCAAAAAGAAAUCUAAGAAAGGCUCAUCCAGUUCUUCAGACCACUUCAAUAUGAAUGAUGGUAUGCGAUUACCGGCUGCCGACACGGAUACCGAUAGUGACACGCGAUCUGUGAAGAGUGUGCGCGAUGUGCAACAAAGGCUUAGGGAUGAUUUGGUGAAGGAAAUUGAAAAAAGUUGGAAUGAGACGAGCUCUUUGCAGAAUAGCAUUUCAGGUGGGAGUUGCAGUGCAGCAGCUGGUCUAAGUAGCGGAGCUACGAAUGCUGCCAAUAGUGCUGUUGGUGGUAGUAGUGGUGGUAUAACAACAUCUGCCACCAUGCCAAUGACGCUGGGAAGCGGUGUUGGCAGUGUUGUUGUUGGUGGUGGUGGCGGCCUUACUAAUAUUAGUGCCUUAGGCGGUAAUGUUUCCUCGGCCUGUUCGUCCGGUAAUGUCUCCAGCAAUACCGUAGUAUCAGCUACAGGCACUUCAUUGAGUCAAAUGUCAAUAUGCAAUGCACGUCCAGUAACUACAGCGGCCAUAGGUGGUUCCAUAAACCGUAUAUCGCAUUCAUUGGGUAAUAGUUCCACAUCGGUAUAUUCCAAGCCUAGUCCAUCGAAUUCAGCUAAAAGCAAUUCUGCCCCAGGGCGUGUCAGUUCCAUUGAUCCUUCACAAAGCUUGAAUUUGUAUAAAGCUACCCAAGGUGGCUAUGUGGUUAAACCACGUGAUGAACAAUCAAAUAAAGCCGAAGGGCCAACCCUUGAGGAAAUGGAACGUAUUGAACGCAUUUUUAGUGAUAACAAUAGUCCAAGGCCGAAAUUAGGCACUGGUUCGAAUAGUCUGGGAAGUGGUACAAGCAAUCUAUUCGAUAUUUUCAUUGUUUAUAGAUUGACAACCUUAGUACAUAAGCCGUGGUGUUUACAAAUCAAGUAUCCCUCAUUGAUAUAUCGUUCGAGUGGCGACAAGGAACGUCGUAAAUCUGCCGGCGACGAGGAUGUUCUGAAGCAAAUGAAUAUCGAUGUGCGCAUACGAACAAAUUCGGGCAAACAAUUAUCCGAUAUAGAAAUUCUCGAACAGGUGCCGGUGAAAAAUCUUGAAACUGGUGAAACUGUGCCUUUGUCUGAAGUAAGGCCCCCACCAGUGCCCGAGGGUUGGAAUCCUUUGUCUUUGCACAUUCUUAAAUUAACAUCACAUUUGGAGGUGACACAAAAAGAAUCGGACGAUGAGAGCGUCAUAGGCAUACCGCCCAGCAGUGAGGGCCAGCCGCAAGAAGAGGAUGAGGGAGAAACUGAAGAUGGCAGUCGCUUAAAGAAGAAAACGGCCAAAAUUAAACGCUUCUUCGGCUCCACCAUGCGCAAGACAGUGGAUAAGGCCAAAUCAUUGGCCUCUGAGGUAUCUCAUGCACGCCACAAAGAAGAUGUGGCCGAUAUAGUGGAUGUCAUGAAUCCUGAGCAGAAUAUUAAAAUUAAGGCCUCCUCGACAAAUAAAGGACCAUAUGAGUUCACAAAACUGCAGCAUGUGCAGGAUUUAUCUGGCGAACACACCGGCGCUGUAUGGUGUAUGAAAUUCAGUUCCUGUGGCCGUUUGUUGGCCACUGCUGGCCAGGAUAAAGUAUUACGAAUCUGGGUACUCAAAGAUGCCUAUCCAUUCUUCCAGGAUAUGCGCACUAAAUACAAUGCUGAUCAAAAAUCCUCACCCACACCCUCUCAAGAGUCUUUGGUAUCACAACAAUCGGCCGAAGACGCCAUAGCCAUGGCCACGGCCGCUGAAAAAUGCACUGGUCCAUUUAUGCCAAAGUCAUUUUGUACCUAUAAUGGUCACACCUCCGAUUUACUUGAUGUCUCGUGGUCGAAAAAUUAUUUCAUACUCUCCAGCUCAAUGGACAAAACCGUGCGCCUCUGGCAUAUAUCACGCAAAGAGUGUCUCUGCUGUUUUCAGCAUAUCGAUUUCGUUACGGCCAUUGCGUUUCAUCCGCGCGACGAUCGUUACUUUCUCAGCGGUAGUUUGGAUGGUAAACUGCGCUUAUGGAAUAUACCAGACAAAAAAGUCGCCCUAUGGAAUGAGUUGGAUGGUCAUACGAAACUCAUCACAGCUGCCAACUUUUGUCAAAACGGGCAAUUUGCUGUUGUAGGUUCCUAUGAUGGGCGUUGUAUCUUCUACACCACCGAUCAGUUAAAAUAUCACACACAAAUACAUGUGCGUUCGACGCGUGGCAAAAACCGCAUCGGUCGCAAGAUCAGCGGCAUUGAGCCCAUGCCUGGCGAGGAUAAAAUUCUCGUUACAUCGAAUGAUAGUCGAGUUCGCCUGUACGAUUUGAGGGAUUUGAAUUUGUCGUGUAAAUACAAAGGCUAUUUGAAUGCCUCAUCGCAGAUAAAAGCCUCGUUCAGUCAUGAUGGCAAGUAUAUAAUAGCUGGUUCGGAAAAUCAAUGCAUUUACAUAUGGAAAACCAAUCAUGACUAUUCCAAGUUGAGUUCGGUACGUCGCGACCGUAGUGAUUUUUGGGAAGGAAUUAAGGCUCACAAUGCCACCGUUACUUGUGCAAUAUUUGCUCCACAUCCAGAGGCCAUUAUUAAACCAGAACCUGAUGAAAUAUCUCAUGAAAAGCAAACAAACAACCAACCAGAUCCUUUGGUCGAACAGCAUAAAAAAGGCUGUGGUUAUGUUAUGAUUAGUGCAGAUUUCAAUGGAGCCAUUAAGGUUUUUAUUAAUAAAACCAAACCGAAACACAGUAGCUUACCUUACACAGCAAUAGCGGAUUAAACUCGCAGAGGGGCGACAUAAGGAAAACCUACACUGGAUCUUUGAUUAUGUUUUUUUAUGUUAAUUCUAAAUUGUAUGCUAUACACAUAUACAUACAUAUAUACUUUGUUAAAUAUUAUUAUUAAAAAAAAAAAAACUCUUAGAUGUGUAUGUACGUGAGAGAUGGAGAGAAGGCGAAAAAUCAAACUGUUUGAAAUUUAAGUACGAAAUAUGAAGGACGAACGAUAGGGAGUAUAAUAAAUUCAGCAUUAUUACUAACCGAA